UACUUGGACACCUUCAGCAGGCAGAAGUAUAAAAGAAGGCUCAGAGAAGAGUUGCCUGUUAGAGGUUUGUUUGGUGUGUUGUUUACAUUGAAGUUUCAAAAAAGUUUGAAAACAAUGUCCCGUUCUCCAGCUGAAGAUCAACUUGAAGACUUCAAGAAGAAACAACAGACAGCCCCUCUGCUGACCAGCAGCAAUGGAGCACCCGUGGAGGACAAGACCAAUUCUGUCACUGUGGGUCCCAGGGGCCCCAUUGUCCUUCAGGACUUCACCCUCAUCGAUGAGUUGGCUCACUUUGACCGUGAGCGGAUACCUGAGAGAGUGGUGCACGCUAAGGGAGCAGGUGCUUUUGGUUACUUUGAGGUGACUAACCCAGAGAUCACCAAGUACUGCAAAGCUGCCCUGUUCUCGGAGGUGGGCAAGAAGACCAACAUUUCUGUCAGAUUCUCAACUGUUGGCGGAGAGAGCGGCUCUGCUGACACUGUCAGGGAUCCAAGAGGUUUUGCUGUGAAGUUUUACACGGAGGAUGGUAACUGGGAUCUGGUAGGCAACAACACUCCGAUCUUCUUCGUCCGAGACCCUGUCUUGUUCCCCAGCUUCAUCCAUACCCAGAAGCGCAACCCUCAGACCCAUCUCAAGGAUCCUGACAUGUUCUGGGAUUUUAUCUCACUGAGACCAGAGACAACUCAUCAGGUUAUGUUCCUCUUCUCAGACAGAGGUAUCCCUGAUGGCUACCGACACAUGAAUGGCUACGGCUCACACACAUUCAAACUGGUCAAUGCUGCCAAUGAAGCAGUCUACUGCAAAUUCCACUACAAAACAGACCAAGGAAUAAAAAAUCUGGACACAGGGAAAGCUGCAGAGCUUUCUAGUAGUGACCCCGACUACUCUAUCAGAGACCUGUAUAAUGCCAUCGCUCGUGGAGAUUUCCCCUCCUGGACCUUCUAUGUACAAAUCAUGACCUUCAAACAGGCAGAGAAUUAUAAGUGGAACCCAUUCGAUCUCACCAAGGUCUGGCCACAUUCGGAUUUCCCACUAAUCAAAGUGGGCAAACUAGUCCUGGAUAGGAACCCUGGCAACUACUUUGUGGACGUAGAACAAGCAGCGUACAGUCCUGCCCAUCUGGUGCCCGGCAUUGAACCCAGUCCCGACAAGAUGUUGCAGGCCCGUCUGUUCUCCUACACUGACACUCACCGUCACCGCCUGGGUCCCAACUACCUGCAGUUACCAGUCAACUGCCCAUACAAGGUUACGCUCAACAAUAACCUGCGUGAUGGGCCCAUGUGCUUUGGCAAUAACCAGGCCGGUGCCCCCAACUAUUUCCCUAACAGCUUUAAUGGGCAGAAAGAGAGCCCCCGAGGUGGAUACUUGAAGUUCAGUGCCACUGGUGAUGUCGCCAAAUACAACAGUGCUGAUGAUGACAACUUCAGUCAAGCCACUCUGUUCUGGAAGAAAACUCUAAACGAAGAGGAGCGCAACCGGUUGGUCAACAACAUUGUUGGCAACUUGAAGGCGGCUUCUUCCUUUAUACAGGACCGAGCUGUCAAGAACUUCAGCCAGGUGGAUUUAGACCUUGGACAACGCCUGGCCGAGGGCUUGCGUAAAAUCACAAUCAGCAAGCUCUAAAUCACUAACCUGAUUUUAUUGUGUCGCACAAUUUUGUGUUAACUUAUAUGUUACCAAGUCAAAAGUUUUUCAUUGUAAUCAAAUUUUUUCUCAAAUUCUGGAAUAACAUUUGAAUUUUCUUGUUUGCGGUGAUGGUGUUUUAAGGUGUUGGCUGUAAACUAAUUCCAUACUUUUCAUGAAACCUAAAUGUUUGAAAGCUUUUUAAUUCUCUCUUUGUUUAUCUAGGGAAUAGUUUUAAACUAACAUAAUUGGUGCGAAUGAAUGUUUUACAUAUUUAUAAAAAUAAUUCCAACAAACAAAGUAAUGCACUUAAGUAGAAAAGAUUUUCAAAAUACUGUUAUUAUACUAAUUAACUAUAAUAAAACUUGAACCCCAUCAAUACUAUGAGUAUUUUAUACAAUUUCAUUAAUUUUCAUUACAACACUAACCGCACAAACCAUUCAUUCAUACUUCUAAAAAUUCAUUCCAUUCAAUCAUAAACUUUAACUUGGUAAUAUUGCCAUUCGAUGUUCUGUAAUCAACAUGUGGUGCCUUACUUAGCUGUAUAAUGAGUUAUUGUACAAUUUUAUUAUUUGUUUUUUAUGUUUUUGAAUGUAUUGUGAAUAAAUAAGAGUACAAAUAUUA